CUUCUAUUCUUUAUACCUUUUUUCUUUCUCUUUGGCUCUUUGCCCUUUUGGCCGGUGUAUGUCCUUGAGUUGAUACUUCUCGAUUAAUCAUUAUCCUCAUCCUGAUUGUUCUUUUCCUACUUGUAUAGUCACAAAUUCAUCCUAUCUAAUGACAUCUACCGUUAGAAACCAUGCUGAAACCGUUGCGCAUUCUCGUCCGCAUCUCGCCUUGACACUUCCCGAGAUUGUUACCAGUAUCUUGAUGUGUCUAGCUCCGUCCAUGGCGCUUCUAGAAUAUACAAAGAGGAAACCUUCCGCUCAGCUUUAUGCGUGCCUUUUUGUCAACCGUCUUUGGCAUGACUGCGCAGCUCGCUUGCUGUGGCGUACAGUUGUUUUUGAAGAUACCAAAUCAGAAUAUGAUUUGCUCUUGAAAUUCGCCUCCACUUUUGCUAACGAACCCAUCUCCACACCAUCCCUUUCCUCAUCUUUAUCCACCUCUGCCGCUAUGCUUGCCAUAGCUACCCCCAAUGCUAGUUUUUCUUCCAGCAUCACAUCACUUGCUUCGGUUUCCUCGGAAACAUCGACUUCAUCUUCGACGUUAUCCACCCCGUCAACCUCGGCGUGCGUCAAAUGCCAUCCUGCUCCGGACAAGGCACCACUACCGAGUCGAUCCUUACACAGACGGUUCAGCCAUCCGAAUGACUCCUUAUCACCUCGCGACUAUCCUACCGAAUCCAAUAACAACCAAACGCUUAAAGAGCAUCGAAAGAAUGUUCAUCUAAACAAAAAAUUACUAUCGAACCAACCGUCGCAAAAUCAAUUAAUCGUUUCAGGCACAGAGGAUAUGCAACCUCAAUUACCGCUGCCGCCAAAUCAUCACCUUCAUUUCUAUCGCAAUUCUUUAAGGACACUGUUUGUGCGCAAACUUAAAGAGACCUCCAUCAACGAACCACUGAUGCAAAUCGGCCGCCACGCCACCAAACUGAAGCGCCUCGAUGUGUAUAUCUGUGACCACUUCACCGAUCGUGCGCUGUAUCCGUUUCUGGCUCACAAAACGCUAACCUACCUAUCCUUGGCGGGGUGUCACCGAUUGACCGAUGUGGCGGUACUUCGCGUGUCCGAGACAUGUACCAUGCUGGAACACUUGGAUUUGCGAGCUUGCGGUCUUGUGUCGGAUGUGUCCAUUUCAGCUAUUGCGACUCGAUGUCCGCGUCUACGCCAUCUCAAUGUGGGCCGUAUUCGGGAUCGGCAUCGGAUCACGGUACGCUCCAUUACGCUCAUUGCCAAGCAUACCAAGGCUACAGUACUCGGCUUGGCAGGAUGUGAUAUCGACGACGAAUGUAUGAGAGUGCUAGCCCACUACCGUCGCGCCGGUCUCGAACGGGUAUCGGUCAACAACUGCCAACGACUCACCAACGCCACCAUCUACUCUUUCAUAAAAUACUGUCCGAAUUUAUCCGUCUUUGAAAUGAAAGAGUGUCAUUUGAUCAACGACUGGGAAGCCGUCGCCGAGCUCGUCCAUCGCAAAGUGCUGCUCACCCUGUGUGACCGACAAAACCGUGCUUGUACUGAAUGGGCCCAGCGUCGAGGUCGGCCGGUCGAUGUCAAAGCCCCUCUCAAAUAAUGGCUCAUUUUCACUCGAUUCCCUCACUC